AUGGGCUUGGGGCGGGAAGGCCCGUCCGCGCAGGCGCUCAUGCCGCCGGGUCCGCGGGACGACCUCCGCGCGGGCGCGGGCGCGGGGGAAGGCGAGGAGGCGGAAGGCGCGGAGGGGGCGGAGGAUGAUCAUCUACCGGAGGACGAUCAGGAGGCGGUGUUGGACUCGGUGGUGAAGGUGUUCGCCGUGGGGAGCAGCCCCAACUACCGCCUGCCCUGGCAGAACAAACCCCAGCGCGAAGUCACCGGCUCAGGGUUCGUGAUUAUGGGCCGUCGGAUCCUCACCAGCGCGCACAUCGUAGCCGACCAGGCGUUCGUGCUCGUGAGGAAGCACGGCUCGCCCAAGAAGUACCUCGCGCAGGUGCAGGCAGUGGCGCAUGAGUGUGACCUGGCGCUGCUGACACUGCAGGAGUCUGUAGCCGUGGUGGGGUACCCUCAAGGAGGAGACAACAUCAGCAUCAGCAUGGGCGUGGUGUCACGGGUCGAGCCCACCAAGUACGCGCAUAGCGGAGCCCACCUGCUGGCCAUCCAGAUCGAUGCAGCCAUCAACCCCGGCAACAGCGGAGGGAUGGAGCGGCGGUCGUUGUUAGAGGAAGAGAAUGAAUCACCCGGCAUCAAAGGUCUCGGCUGGGAAGACGAGGGCGGGGACGGGAUGAUGUUUGAGAAUUCUCAAAAAUCACUCGGGAUCAUGGGGCUAAGGGGGGAAGAUGGGCAGGGGGAGCGGGAGAUGGGGGAGGAGGGAGGGGAGGAGGAUGUGGGGCUGGGAGGGGGUUGGGCGGAGAUAGAGGCGGAGCGGGCGGCAGAGGAGGCGGCAGCGAGGGCGGCGCCAGUGGCGAUGAGGGUAGAGUACCGCGUGGUGGGGGUGGCGUUUCAGAACCUCACAGGCGCGGAGAACAUCGGCUACAUAGUACCCACGCCCAUCAUCCAUCGCUUCCUGCACGAUGCAGCGCUGCACCACCGCCGCUUCCACGGCUUCUCUUCAUUAGGCGUGGCAUGCCAGCCGCUCGACAACUGGCAGCUGCGCGCACACCUGCGCCUGCCCCCCACUGCGACAGGCGUGUUGGUCAACGCGGUGCAGCCGCUGAGUGAGAGCAGCCGGUGGAUCAAGAAGGACGACGUGUUGACCGCGUUUGACUGCGUACCUAUUGCUGAUGAUGGCUCUGUGCUGUUCCGCAAGAGGGAGCGAUUGCCAUUUGACUAUCUGGUGUCGCUCAAAGGCGGCGGGGAGAGGGCGAGAGUGUCGGUGUACCGCGGAGGGCAGCUCAUGCACUUCGAUAUGACUGUCAACCCGCUCCCCCCGUUGGUCCCAGCGCAGCAGUUUGACAGCGCGCCAAGCUACUUCAUAUUCGCAGGGCUGGUCUUCAUGCCGCUCUCCCAGCCCUACCUGCACGAGUACGGGCCUGACUGGCUGCACUCCUCCCCCCGCCGCCUCUGCGACCUCGCCCUCCGCAACCUGCCCGAGAAACCCGGGCAGCAAAUCAUCAUCCUCUCUCGGGUACUGCCUGACGAGGUCAACAGUGGCUACGAGCGCCUGGCAGACCUGCAGGUGCUCAAGGUGAAUGGGAUGGAGGUGGACAAUAUCCGCCAGCUCAAAGACGCCGUGCUGGAAACAUCUGGACCGUUUGUUCGGUUUGAUCUGGAGGACGGGCGGAUCAUAGCCAUUGACAUGGCAGCUGCCAGGAAGUCGAAUGCGCAGAUUCUGCGGCGCUACCGCGUGCCGAGUGCAUCCUCUUGGGACCUCCGCCAAAUGGCUGACAGCCACUCCCACGACAGCCACAGCCGCUUCUGA